GGGACGCUGGAGUGGAGUUGCCUCAGUGCCCCAGUCGACGCGACGGCGAGCGCCUCUUCUAUUGAAUACCCAGAACGAAUAUCAACAACGAAAAGAAGAACGUUGACUACCUAGAAAAAGAACAACAAAUUCGCAGAAAAUGGAAGAUAAAAUGGAGACGAUACGACUGGAGCCGACGUCAAAUAACACCGCUCCAGCCAGCCCUGAUAAAGACGAUAAUUCAGUUGAUUACGACCCACAUCUACAUCGGCAAUUAGAGAAACCAACAAACAACUUGGAGACUUUAGUGCAUCUGCUGAAAUGCAGUCUUGGCACUGGAAUACUUGCGAUGCCGCAGGCGUUCGCCCGGGCCGGCCUUGUCACCGGCAUUGUGGCUACCGUGCUGGUUGGCAUACUUGUCACGCAUUGCCUCCAUGUUUUGGUACGUUCUCAAUACGCGGCGUGUAAGAAACUCAAAGUACCCCUGCUUUCCUACCCUGCCGCGGCGGCUACGGCGUUCAGCAACGGUCCGCCGGCAUUCCGUAGCUUUGCAAGACCCUGCGCCAUUACCGUAGACGUUUUCCUCGUCGUCUAUCAGUUGGGAAUUUGCUGCGUCUACAUCGUUUUUAUUGCUGAUAACAUCAAGAAGGUGGUCGACCCUUACUACGAGAUGGCAGUCGAAAUUCACAUGUUAAUCAUUCUUUUGCCGCUGAUUGCUUUCAAUUUGAUACCUAGUCUCAAAUUGUUGGCACCAUUUUCUGCGGUGGCCAACCUGAUGACUUUUGUGGGACUCGGUAUUGUUAUCUACUUCCUUCUCUCCGGCGAGAAGUCCACUGAACCAUUAGACUUGUGGGGUUCCGCGGAAACAUUUCCUUUAUUCUUCGGGACCAUAUUGUUUGCGCUAACGGCUGUUGGUGUGGUGAUCGCUUUAGAGAACAACAUGAAAACUCCGAAGGCGUUCGGUCGUCCGUGCGGCGUACUCAACACCGGCAUGACGUUUAUAGUCCUGCUUUACGUCGCAGUCGGUGCCCUGGGUUACGUAUUCUGCGUCUCGAAUUGUAGCGACUCUAUCACCUUGGACUUACCGAAGGGGGACCCGUUGGCAACGACAGUGAUAGUUAUGUUCGCAGUCGCCAUCUUUAUUAGUUACGGCUUACAUUGCUACGUACCAGUGGAGGUGCUGUGGAAAGGAUACCUUCUGCCAUGGCUCGAGAAAUCUGGCUCCGACAAACUGCGUGUUUGGGAAUACGCUCUCAGAGUUGCACUUUGCCUUCUGACUUUUGUAUUGGCGGUAUCGGUGCCACGUCUGGGGCUUUUCAUCUCACUGUUCGGUGCGCUCUGCCUCUCAGCUCUCGGGAUCUGCUUUCCGGCCAUCAUGGAAUCUUUCCUACAGUAUCCCAAAAAGCCAAUGUUACUCCUGUUAAAAGACGCUUUGCUCUUCAUCAUUGGGAUUGUUGGACUGCUAGCUGGAACUUACACUGCACUUAUCAGCAUUGUACGUUCUUUCCAACCUCAGGCAGUAUUGGCUGAUGGGGUUGAACUUGCCGAGUGAGAGGUUUCUUGCUUCGGCUACUUAAUAUUAAUAACAAACCAUAGUACCGACCAAUGCUAUUUUCUACAAAGCUUCGAGUGCCUUCAUGCUUUGUCGAUCUAAAUUCGAAAAUUUAUCAAUAUUUCCUGCCGAAUGGACGAGAAAGUUUGUUCGUAUCAUAUUUUAUCAAAAAAAAAACAAUGUUUUCUUUUGCUGAGCUAUUUAAGACUUAUUCAAAUUUUAAUUUUCAAGCUAAGUGGGAAAAGUCAUGCUAUGCAAAUGAGUCGUUCUGCUUAGUUAAAGAUGCAGAAUAUUGUCUAUUUACAAUCCCAAUAUUAUUUUGAUUUUUAAAAUAACUACUAAUUUGUUCGUUUUAAAGUUUU